AUGGGGUCCUGGCUCUCUUCCCCGGCCGCCGACGCCGAGGCUGACGCCGCCGCUGUCGGCUUCCGUUCCCAUGCCCGCCAGGCAAAACAGCGUCGCGACGCCAGCCAUGCUCGCAUAUACACCCUCUUCGCCCUCGGCCAUUACAACUCCAGGAACAAGGAUGCUAUGUUCGAGCCUGCCGCGGAGCCCGUGGAAGAACCCAAGACCGCAUGCGUCGGUUUCAGACAAGAUUUCUGGUACCAUGUCGGCUUUUGGGCUCGCCGGAGGGACGCCGCCACCAACGAGGAGCAACAGUACUUCUUUGCCGAACUACGCUUUGAGCGCCGCACCAGACGUCUAGUCGUCGAAACAUGCGCUCUCUUGGAAAAGCCGCUCUGUCGUUUAAAAAGCAGUUGUGCAUUUUGCCCGGAUAAUUUUCAGAUUUUCCACCCAAGCUGCAGCGAGUUUACAUGUGGAAAGAAGAGGCACAAAAGGAAAUUCUUCAGGGAGAGAGAGAUGCUUGGCAGGGCUUUCAUGCUUAGACACGCUCAACAAUACAAAACCUUUAGGUAGGAUAGAAAGAUUCAACUCUUUGCUAGGCUUCCCAACCUACAUUUGGAUAUAGCUAUGUAAUGUGGCAACUAUUAUCAAUGAAAAAAAAGUUAUCGAAGCAUGCUGACUUGGGAUCUAGUUUCGAAUAUCUCGCCUCGAGGAAGCUAGCGAUGAAAGAGGAUCGUUGAUUGGAUUAACUUUAUAGAAUCGCUUGGA